UGAAAAAUCUUUCCUUUUCUAGGUUUUCUUCUACUGUUAUGGUCCAAUUUCAAUUGGGUUUCUUUACCUUUCUAUAAAAAUCUCUCCUUUUUGUCAAAUUCGUUCACUUUUCAGGUUUUGAUUUUCGAUUACUCUUAAGAAAACUUGUUAAUUUGUUCAAUCAGUUUUGUAUUUUGUCUGCGGUAUGACUUUGUUUAUGCUUCUCCUUGCAUAUAUUCUCUCUCGCCCUAGAUUCCGAUUACCAAUAAAAGCUGUCAUUUUUAUGUGAUUCUGAUUGUUUCUCAUCUAUAGGUUGAUACAACUGCAACUUGGUUCUGUGAAAGUUUUACUCUUUUUCUUAAAAGGGGUUUGCUUGAUGAACUUGUAACAGCGAAAAAGGUUACUAGGGUAAGAGAAUAGGUUAGAUUGUGUUAUGAUUUCAAAGUGGAAACUUGUUCUUUAAAUGUUGUUUGAUAGUUGCUUUUAGGUUGUUGUUUUUUUUUUUUGGUAUGUAUGAUUGAUUUUGUGUUUUGUGUUGGGAGUAACAUAAGCUUGUUCCUUUUGUUUCUUAAUACUCAUCGGUGUUGAGUUUCAUCUCUGUGUUCAUUGCCUUGAAUUUAUGUAUCCUCUUUGUGUUUGCUUGUGAUUUACUUUGUUUUUUUUCUUUUCUUAUAUACGGAGGAUUGAGUUUUGAGAUUUGAGAGAAUCAUCAUGUCUAGCUAAUAGCAACUAUCCUGCAAUGCAUACUUUUCAUUUGUUUAUUUCUUGAUGCAAUUUGAUAAUAAAGAGCAUUGUUUCUUCUCUCAUAUUCAACAUGAAUACAAUGAUACUCUCACUCACACCUUUGCAUUAGAUAAUUUAGUGGAACAAAUGACUAGCUAUUUCUUAAAUUUCUCUUCUAGUUAUCUCCGAUUGGAUCCUGCUAGGGGUUGGUGCAUUGAUGUCGAGAAUACAGUCUCACUGAAACUCUGCCAUUUUGGUUUUUUUUCGUAGACCUCUUUCACUAAAUCUACUCCACUUGAUAAUCUUUAAAGUAUCUAAGGUUCUAUUUUAUCGGUUUUGUGUUUCUUGUGGUAGUUUUUGUUAGAGUUAAGGAUCACUAAUAAGAAUAUAACCCAGAACAAGAUAACAAAAAAAGAUCACCAAACCAAAUGCAGAAAACAGUUCCCUCGCUAUAAACUGAUAAACCCUCACAAAGCCUAUUUCGCAGGAUGGAUCUUGCAAAUGGGUCCUCCUUCCUAUCUAUAAGAAUCUCCCAAACCACAUAAUAGAAGAACUCUAAAUUAGAGUCCUAAGGAACAUAUUAUUGCCCUUAUGAUUAUUCCUCUCAAUUUGAAGCUUGGACAAUGGGUGCAUCAACAUCCAGAAUAGAUGAAGAUAAAGCCUUACAGUUAUGUAGGGAAAGAAAAAAAUUCGUCCAACAAGCACUCGAUGGAAGAUGUUUGUUAGCAGCUGCUCACGUUUCAUACGUUCAGUCUCUUAAAAGUACCGGAACUGCCCUCAGAAAAUUUGCUGAGACUGAAGUUCCAGUUGAAUCUUCCUUGUACACGUCCACUAGUGCAACACCAGAACAACCUCUUGCUUUAAUCGAGAAAUCGGUUUCUCAUUUGUCAUACUCUCCUCCACCUGCUUCACAUUCCCACCAUGAUACGUAUUCUCCUCCUCCCUCGCCUCCUAGUACCAGUCCGUUCCAGGUCAAUCAUAUGAAAUUCAGAGGGUUUUCUUCAAAAAAAGUGGAGGAGAAACCACCAGUUUCUAUUGUUGCCACUGUAACGUCAUCCAGUAUACCACGAAGCAGGUCUAUAGAAAAGAUGGAAUCAACCCCAUUUGAGGAAUCUUCUUCCAUGCCACCUGAAGCACCUUGGGAUUAUUUUGGUCUUUCUCAUCCAAUUGACAACCAGUUUUCUUCUUCUCAUGUUGGAAAUGGUCAUGUGUCGAGAUCUGUGAAGGGGGAAGAUGAAACUCCAGAGGUGGAAGAUGAUGGUGAGGACUUUUCUUUUCAAGAAAGGGAAGAGUCCAGAGAUUCGGAUGAUGAUGAGUUUGAUGAGCCCACAAGUGAUACACUUGUUAGAAGCUUUGAAAACUUCAAUAGAGUGCGCCGUGAUCACAGUGCUUUGCCUCAACGAGAGGGAGUUGAGAGGGAGUUCUCAGACGCUGAGAAAAGUAAAACUCCUGAGUUAUCACCACCAGUGACACCUUUAGCAGCCACUCCAGUGAACAAAACACCAAACAAGGGAGAUCACACAGAGAACAAGCUUCCUCCCAGGGACUUCUUGUCAAGCAUGAAAGAGAUAGAGUUGCUCUUUGUUAAAGCAUCAGAGACUGGAAAAGAGGUUCCUAGGAUGCUUGAAGCCAAUAAAUUGCAUUUCCGUCCAAUAGUUCCAUCAAAAGAAAGUGGCUCCGGUGCAUCAUCACUGUUCAAAACAUGUCUCUCUUGUGGGGAAGAUCCCAAAGAUGUACCAGAAGAGCCUGCUCAGAACUCAGUGAAAUACUUGACCUGGCAUAGGACUGAAUCUUCACGAUCCUCAUCUUCUCGUAAUCCUCUCGGAGCAAUGAAUUCUGAUGAUGUGGAAGAACUCAAUAGUAAUCUCUUUGAAAACAUUUGCAUGAUUGCUGGAAGCCAUGCCUCAACGCUAGACAGACUGUAUGCAUGGGAGCGGAAGCUCUAUGAUGAAGUUAAGGGGAGUCAGACUGUGCGGAGAGAGUAUGACGAAAAGUGCAGAAUUUUGAGAGAACUUGAAUCAGAAGGUAAAAGUUCAAAAAGAAUAGACAAGACACGUGCAGUUGUGAAAGACCUUCACUCCAGAAUCAGAGUGGCGAUUCAUAGGAUUGACUCAAUAUCAAGACGGAUUGAAGAACUCCGCGACAACGAGCUCCAGCCUCAACUUGAGGAACUCAUUGAAGGGUUGAGUCGUAUGUGGGAAGUCAUGUUGGAAUGCCACAAGGUUCAGUUUCAGUUAAUCAAAGCCUGUUACAGAGGCGGAAACAUUAAACUCAACAUGCAAUCAGAGUUGCACAGACAAGUAACAUCUCACCUUGAAGAUGAACUCAACGCGUUGGCCUCAAGCUUCACAAAAUGGAUCACAGGCCAGAAAUCAUAUAUUCAAGCGAUAAACGAGUGGCUGGUGAAAUGUGUCGCCUUACCACAACGAUCCUCCAAACGAAAAAGGCGUGCGCCACAACCAUCUUUGAGAAACUACGGUCCUCCCAUUUAUGCAACCUGUGGAAUCUGGCUAGAAAAGCUCGAAGUUUUACGUACCAAAGAGGUUUCAGGCUCCAUUAAAGCACUUGCUUCUGAUGUUGCCAGGUUCUUGCCACGUCAGGAGAAGAGUCGCACCAAGAAACAUCGGUCUGGUGAGAACAAAAACGAUUUGACAGCUCAAAUGCUGCAAGAUGAGACAUUGGAGGAUUGUGGUCCGGGAUUUGAUCGGUUUAGGACAAGCUUGGAAGGAUUUGUUGGACAACUCAACCAGUUUGCAGAAUCAUCAGUGAAAAUGUACGAGGAACUUAAAGAAGGAAUCCACGGAGCUAAAAACAACUACGAGCAGUUGAAGAAGGCUUACUCUUCACAAGGAAAAUGAUUUUUUUUUGGUUUCUUAGAAAAAUGGAGUUUUGUCAGGUUAAAAUUUUGGAGGGAAAAUUGGGUUUAGGCAUUUGUAAAUGCAAAAGGGAUUACAUAAAAAGAUUGCUUCAAGUAUGAAUAUGGAAAAUUGUGAUAAGAGUUUGUCAGCAUAUCAAAAUAAAUUGGGAGGGUUUAGCUUGUC